AUGGGUUCUGGUUCUACUGUUUCUGUUCCCAAGGCACAUAAGCCUAAGAAAUAUGGUCUGCCUUCAAAAUUUGGAAAGCUAUUUGGUGGUCACUCUUCGUCCUCAAAGUCGUCUCCUACUCCCAAGGAACUACGAAAUUCCUCUUCUGUGAAUUCGUCGGUUACACUUUCAUUAUCGCAAUCUUCACAUUCAGACGCCUCCUCCUCCUGUUCCUCUUCUUCUUCAUCGAAGUCGAUAGCAUGGCCUGUUUCGCCUCCGAUGUCGUUGGGAUGUGGCGGUACUGCUGUUGGUUCGAAGCGGGUUGCUACUAAUGGAAUAGUAAUGGACGAUCGCAAUUCGGUUGCUUCUUCUACUUCGCAUUCUGAUUCUAUUGCCAGCAUCCGAGUGGUGAGUCCAAAUAACUCGAAUAGGUCGUCACCUAUUCAGGGGUUGACGCCCUCUGCGUCCGUGCCAAACCCUGCUGCCCCAUUGGGUCGAUUUGUGGUUCACGAGGAAGGUCAUCAUGAACACAUAUUGAAGAACACAAAACGGCAAGAAAAGCUAUCUUCGAUGAUUAAGAACAUGUUGGGGGCUCAAAAACUACGAGGAGAGGCAAAAUCAGCUGUUCCGGACAUCCUCCUGGGUACCACGGGGAAUUCGAAAAAGCCUGGCAAUGCUGCGAGUAGUGGUGACCUACCGACGUUGUUCUCGGGAUUAAUGAAACAAUUUAGCGCUGUGGAUUCUACUGAUCCGUUUAGCGGAGCCACUCAAGGCCCUAAGAAUUGCCAUUAUCCGCAAGCAAAUAAUGGAGAAAACGACGGAAAGGAGUAUGACGUUGCGCCAACAAAGGAUUUUCCCUCGUUUGCCGAGAAGUACGGACGUUGCCAGGAGGUAAUUGGCAAGGGGGCAUUUGGAGUUGUAAGAAUUUGCCACAAGAAGGGUUUCAAUGGAGAGGAGACUUUGUAUGCAGUUAAAGAAUUCAAAAAGAGACCAUCAGAGAACCCAGAAAAGUAUUCUCGUAGAUUAACAUCCGAAUUUUGUAUUUCUUCCUCUUUGAAGCACCCAAACAUCAUUGAAACACUUGAUUUAUUCCAAGAUGCAAAAGGUGAUUAUUGCGAGGUCAUGGAAUAUUGUUCCGGUGGAGACUUGUUCACGUUAAUUAUCGCAGCUGGAAAAUUGGAAUACAUGGAGGCGGAUUGUUUCUUCAAGCAAAUGAUUCGGGGCGUUGUGUACAUGCAUGACAUGGGUGUUUGCCAUAGGGAUUUAAAACCAGAAAACUUGAUUUUAACUUCAAAAGGGUUGCUUAAAAUUACUGACUUUGGCAAUGGGGAGUGUUUUCGGAUGGCCUGGGAGAAGGACAUACAUCUAAGUGGCGGUGUUUGUGGAUCAAGUCCCUAUAUUGCCCCAGAGGAAUAUACCCAUGAGGAAUUUGACCCCCGCCCAGUGGAUAUAUGGGCAUGUGGUACUAUUUAUAUGGCUAUGCGGACUGGCAGGCAGCUCUGGAGAACUGCUCAAAAGGAGGAUGAAUUUUACGCACGGUAUUUAAAGGGAAGGAAAGACGAAGGUGGCUAUGAACCAAUUGAACAGUUGAAACGAGCAAGAUGUAGAAAUGUCAUAUAUUCAAUCUUGGAUCCUGUACCGAGCAGAAGGAUUAACGGACGCCAAAUCUUGAAUAGUGAAUGGGGUAGGGAAAUCAAAUGCUGUACUGAUGGUGCCCUUUUAAAAUGA